UCUCUUUCGAUCUGUCUCACGCAAGCAGCGGCAGUAGUAAAGAUGUUCCUCGCCCUCUAAUCCACUGCCCGAUCUCUCGGCCACCCCACGAUUUGCGUCUCCAAUCAGGAAAACAAUAAUCUACUUUUUUUUCCAAGAUCACCGAGAAUUUAUUGAUUUAAUUGGAAUGGCCGCUAUGGUUGCUAGUGGUAAUAGCCCUGUGGACUCAUCUAUUGCUAUACAAAAGACAGGGAGCAGGAACAAGAGAAAAUUCCAGGCAGAACCACCCAUGGCUGACUCGAGCGUGCUUGGGGAUGCAUUGCAAAAUAAUUUAUGCAAUUACGAUGUGUUCCCUGUAGAGAAAUCUGCAGAGCUUUCCGACCUUGACCAUCAUGUCGGCAUCUGUGACAUGUGUAGGACUCACAUGUUUGGGCCCAAGGAGGGGCUGGAUGUGAAUGCCUUCCAAGAUGUUGAUUGGAGCUGCCUCACUGAGUCCCAGCUUGAGGAGAUCUUGUUGAAUAACUUGGAUACAGUCUUUAGGGCUGCAAUCAAGAUGAUUACUUUUCAUGGUCACACAAAGGAAGUUGCAACUAAUGCUGUAUUGAGGUCAGGGCUUUGCUAUGGGUACAAAGAUACUGUUUCUAAUGUUGUGGAUAAUGCAUUGGCACUUUUAAAGAGUAACCAAGAAUUGGAUUCCUCCCCUAGAGAGAAUAUGGCAGAAGACCUAAGACAUUUGGAGAAGAGUGUGUUAGCUGAUAUGGUUAGUGUGCUGAGGGAAGUACGGCCAUUUUUCAGUACAGGUGAUGCAAUGUGGCUCUUGCUGAUGUCUGAUGCAAAUAUUUCUCAUGCUUGUGCCAUGGACAGCAAUUCAUCAAAUGCUAUCACAAGUAAUGAGUACUCUGGUGCUUCUACCAUAGCUCAGUUGGAAGCAGAUUCAAUCUCUAACAAUAAUGCUACUUCCACAGCUUCUGAACUAAAUGUUCAAAGAUCUCAGAAGUUGCAUGAUAUAAUACCUCCUUCAAAGAGCAUCCAGAAAUUAGAAAUUCCAAAGGUGGCAGCAAUAUCUACUGUUCCAUCUACUGUUCCAACAGGAAAGUUAUCUGACUCAAAUGAGGAUGGUACAAUUUCAAAACCUAAACCCCUAAAGGAAAGCUUAAUUUCACUAUCCACUCAUGUUAAAGAAUCAUCCUCAGUUCCUCAAUCUUCUCAAGAAGAAAAGUCAAUUAGCAGUAGAAAGACUCAUCUAAGUAGUUUGAAAAGAGAAUAUGUUCUACGACAGAAGUCAAUUCAUUCUGAGAAAAGCUUCCGACCAUUGGGAUCUAAAGCAGUUUCCAGAGCAUGCAAGCAAAGUGGCUUAGGGAGCUUAAUCUUUGAUAGGAAAUCAAAAACAAUUUCUGAUUCUUCAAGAAUAAGUUUAAAGAGCUCCUCACUGAAAAUAGCAAAAAUACCAGAAACAGAAAAAUCAUUGACAGAUGAUAAACAUAAUCUUUCCUUUUCUCAAGGAAACCCUUCUAAUCUAACAUGCACUGAAAAACACAACUGUCAACCAACUGGACUUACCUUGUCACUUCCUUCUACAAAUAACACUUGCCUUAGUAUUGCGCCAGAGUCUAAUGCUGAGGCUGCAAAUUGCAGUGAUCAUAGUUUAAUCCAUUCAAGUAUGACAUGCAAUGACUUGGUUCCAGAUGACAAAAAGGAUGAAAUGUUGCUUAUAUUGGUUCCGCUGAUGCAUGAACUCCAGGCACAGUUGCAAGACUGGACUGAUUGGGCCCAGCAGAAGGUGAUGCAGGCUGCUCGAAGGCUGAGCAAGGAUAAAGCUGAACUUCAAUCCCUGCGACAGGAAAGAGAAGAAGUGGCUAGGCUUAAAGGAGAGAGGUAUGCUCUAGAAGACAAUACCAAGAAGAAGCUUGCUGAGAUGGAACUUGCAAUAUCCAAAGCCAGCACCCAGGUUGAAAGGGCUAAUGCUGCUGCCCACAGACUCAAAUAUGAAAACUCUCAACUAUUAUUGGAAAUGGAAGAGGCAAAGUUGCAUGCUGCACAAUCAGCAGUCAAUUGUCAAGAAUCUUCAAGAAGGGAAAUGAAAACACUGAAAAUGUUUCAGUCAUGGCAGAAACAAAAAGCAUUGUUUCAAGAGGAGCUCGCGACCGAAAAACAUCAGCUGUUUCAACUGCAACAGAAACUGGAACAGGUUGAGGAGCUCCACAAUCAAUCAGAGGUCAGGUGGAAACAAGAAGAGAAGUUGAAGAAUGAGGCAAUUGCAAUGGUUAAUGCUGAAAGAAAAGAAAGAGAACAGCUGGAGAUUUCAACCAAAUCACAGGAAAAUGCUUUAAGAUUUGAAGCUGAAAAUGAUCUGCAAAGGUCCAAAAAUGAAAUACGCAGGCUCGAGAGGCAGAUUGCACAGUUGAGGCUUGUCAAAGACUCCACAAACCUCACUGCUCUACAGUUGGGAACAGAUAAAAGCUAUGCUUCCCACCUCUCUGAUGGAAGGAAAAAAGUUAAUGCCCAUAUCUUUGCAAAGUUCAUGGAGUCACAGGAAACAGAAAUGGAAGAACUCCAGCGGGAGCGAGAAUGUGUGAUGUGCCUGUCAGAGGAAAUGUCUGUUGUUUUCCUUCCUUGUGCUCACCAAGUUGUGUGUGUAAAAUGCAAUGAGCUUCAUGAAAAGCAGGGAAUGAAAGAUUGUCCUUCUUGUAGGACACCAAUUCAGCGAAGGGUACGGAUACGCUUCUCUGCAUGAUUCAAUAUGUUUUGAGUUGAAGUUUGAGAAUAAUGACUGUGGCCUGGAAAUGAAUAAGGCAUGAUGAACAUUUUAUGUUGACUGCGUAGUGAAAUUCACAAUGAAUUAUGAAGUCACAUAUCAAACUA